AUGGUAUUUACUUGGAAUUGGAGAAAUACAUGCGUCGUCUUUAAGUGGUGGAGAGUCAGUACGGUAGCUGGCUUUAUCUUUUCCUUGCUUGCAAUCGUUGCAAUUUCAGCAAGUUACGAAUUCUUGAAGUAUUGGGGAAACAAGUGGGAACAGUCUUAUGUUAAUACUAUGUCCGGAGCUGCUGCCAAUACAAGUGCUGCUUUGGUUCGCCGAUUUAAAACCAAAAAAGCUCUUUUCUAUGGUUUACAGGUUGGAUAUUCGUUUAUGCUCAUGUUGGUAUUCAUGACAUAUUCGGGCUGGUUUAUGCUUGCCGUCGUUGUAGGUGCUGUCUUGGGAAAUUACGUUUGGGGAUUGACCUCUGACAUUGCAGCCUCGAGGCCCAUGGCAUGUCAUUAG